GAACAGAGAAAGAAUCAAAAACAAGGAAGAACCAAAACAAAAAAUGGCGUAUCGGAGACGACAAGGGAUCUCGAGAGCGUCAACGUUCAACGAUGACAUCUAUAACCAAUCACCUGAUCAUGAUUACGGUGAUCUCAAAGGUCACUCCAAUGGCGGAUCCUUCAGAUCUUCUCAAUCUUUCUCUUCUCAUUCCUCCCUUGCCGCUCAAGCAAUCCGUGCCUCCUCUCAGGUUCAUGGAUUCACGGCUUACGAGGAUAAGAGCGAGAGUCGUGGAUUCUGGGGGAUCCUAGCUCAGAAAGCUAAAUCAAUCCUGGAAGACGAAGAAGAGCAGCAGCAGCAACAACAACAACAACACAACGACGUCGUUCUCGAACCCUCGAACCCAACCAUACGCAAAAGCAUAGACAAAAUCACAACAUCUCUGAAUCAGAUCGGAGACAGUUUCGAGAAAGCGUUCGAGGAAGGUCGUACGAUGGUAGCUUCUCAAAUCAGACGUAAAGGAUCAGAUCUAAUCGAUUCAGACAACAACAACAACAACAACAGUUAUAACCAAUCCUCUGGAUCAAGCAGUCCAUGGCAACCGUUAACACAGCCAAAACCGCAUGAGUCUCAACUCAAAGCGUCACGUGACGUUGCCAUGGCUACAGCAGCUAAAGCCAAGCUUCUCCUCCGUGAAUUGAAAACGGUUAAAGCCGAUUUAGCUUUCGCCAAAGAACGUUGCUCUCAAUUGGAAGAAGAAAACAAACGGUUAAGAGAUAACCGGGAUAAAGGUAACAACAAUCCAGCUGAUGAUGACCUAAUCAGGCUUCAGCUUGAGACCUUGUUGGCAGAGAAAGCUAGAUUAGCUCACGAGAACUCGAUUUACGCUAGAGAGAACCGGUUCUUGAGAGAAAUCGUCGAAUACCAUCAGUUAACUAUGCAAGAUGUUGUGUACAUCGAUGAAGGUAUCGAAGAAGUUGCUGAAGUGAAUCCUUCAAUCACAAGAACGCUUUCGAUGGCUUCGUAUUCGGCUUCUGAACUGCCAUCAUCAGUCUCGCCUUCGCCUUCUUCCCCUGCCUCGCCUUCUCGGCUUUCGGUUUCUACCGACAUUUAUCCGGUUUUGGUUCAGCAGAGUUCAGCUAGUGAUGUUAUGGUCGAGAGCCCUAAACCUAUUCGACCACCUUCUUUGGGAUACACAGAUGAUGGUAAGAGACCAUCGUCACAACUCUCUGUUUAGAAUCGAUGAGAGUUUUAAUUACUACCGUUUUUGAUUAUGUCUGUUUUGGAUACUUGUUUGUUUAGUUACAAAUCUUGUUCUUGAUUAUAAUAACUUGGUUCUUGAUU